GGCGGAACCGGAAAGUGGUCUCAGGCUGCGUGGUGUGGGUCUGCGUUCUGGGUUCCUAGGGAUGUGGAAAACUUGCAGCAUGUCGGCAGAGCUUGGCAUCGGGUUCGCACUGCGGACAGUAAAUGAGCGCGUGCAGCAGGCGGUGGCGCGACGGCCGCGAGAUCUCCCAUCGAUCCAGCCCCGGCUAGUGGCAGUCAGCAAAACCAAACCUGCAGACAUGGUGAUUGAGGCGUACAGUCACGGCCAGCGCACCUUCGGGGAGAACUAUGUUCAAGAGCUGCUAGAAAAAGCAUCAAAUCCUAAAAUUCUGUCUUCAUGUCCUGAUAUCAAAUGGCACUUCAUUGGCCAUCUACAGAAACAAAAUGUCAACAAAUUAAUGGCUGUCCCCAAUCUCUUCAUGCUGGAAACAGUGGAUUCUGUGAAAUUGGCAGACAAAGUAAACAGCUCCUGGCAGAAAAAAGACUCUCCAGAAAGGUUAAAGGUUAUGGUGCAGAUUAAUACCAGUGGAGAGGAGAGUAAACAUGGCCUUCUACCUUCCGAGACAAUAGCUGUGGUGGAACACAUAAAUGCAAAGUGCCCAAGUCUGGAGUUUGUGGGGCUGAUGACCAUAGGAAGCUUUGGGCAUGAUCUUAGUCAAGGACCAAAUCCAGACUUCCAGAUGUUAUUGUCUCUCCGGAAGGAGCUGUGUAAAAAACUAGACCUCCCCACAGACAAGGUUGAACUGAGCAUGGGCAUGUCCGUGGACUUCGAGCAUGCGGUUGAAGUAGGAUCUACAAAUGUCCGAAUUGGAACCACCAUCUUUGGAGAACGAGAUUACUUAAAGAAAUCUGUCAUGGACAAAUCCGCAGAAGAGCUAAAGGCCCCAGUGGAGGUAGCACCAGGACAUUGAACCAAGGA